CUCUGUGGCGGUUGGAUGUGGUUCAUGUAACUACGCAUAUUUUUUGAUCGUGGGAACUGCGUACGCGUGUCCCUGUUUUUCUUUUACCUUCAUGCUACUGGAAAAUAGCCUUACAGAAUUUAAUCUAUCUAUACCUUGAGAGUGGCGUUGGAGCAGUACCCUAUUUUGCCCAGAGCCAUUUAUUGAAUUGAAUUGAAUUGAUGAUAUAUUAUACGAGGAAAACAAUUUAAAUGAACUUAUAUUUUAAUUGGUUGCGUUCAGAAAACUAAGCGCUCACUGGGCGCUUAGUAACUAUUGGUCUUUACUGUUAGAUCGUUACAUUCAGACUAAUAACGUUGACUAAUUACUCAACCGUUGUGUAACCGUUGUCUUUUCUGAACGUAGCCAUUAUCGGACGUAGGUCAGAGAAUCUUUUCACAAAUAAUAAAUCAAAAUGGACGCAAUUAUGCAGAUGGAUGGAUUGUAUAAUUUAAUCGGCGCAGAGCCUACGGCUUCCGUGUCAGAAAUCAAAAAAGCGUACCGCAAAAAAGCCUUAACAUGCCAUCCUGAUAAAAAUCCUAAUAAUCCAAAAGCAGCAGAAUUAUUCCAUGAAUUAUCAAAGGCACUGGAGAUAUUAACGGAUGAAAAAGCCCGAGCAGCUUACGACCAAGUUAUCGCAGCUAGAAAACAAGCUAAGGAACGUGUUAAAGAAUUUGAUGCCAAGAGAAGAAAACUGAAAGAGGACUUGGAAGCACGUGAGGAGGCUUAUAAAAAAACAUUAGAUCCUACAUAUAAUACUAAAUCUGAUGAGGAACGCUUAAAAGUUGAAAUAGAAAGAUUGCGUAAAGAAGGAUCAAGGCAAGUAGAGGAAGAGAUAGCCCUUUUACAGAAACAAAUUUGGGAACAGCUUCAUGGUAUAUCAAAGGAUUCAGAAUCUUCUAAUGUGACAGACUUUAGAAUCAAAAUUAGAUGGAAAGCACAAGAAAAAGAUCCACUGAGUGGUGGAUAUAACUAUGAUAAUCUACAUAAAAUGUUCUCUAAGUACGGAGAUGUGAUAGCUCUUGUUGUAUCAUCUUCGAAAAAAGGGAGUGCCAUGGUAGAAUUUGGAGAUAAAAGUGCAGCGGAAACUGCAUUACUAGCAGAAAUUGGUUUAGCCCAGAACCCGUUAACACUUCGUGGCUUAUGGGAUACUCAGAAACGUGCAAGACAUAUCGCAAGUAAUAUGAAACCCAACGUUGGAAAACCUAUAUUUCCUGUUAACAAAUCAUAUAAGUCUUCUGCUUCUUCUGCCCCUGAUAUAUUCACACAACAAAGAAGGAUGGACGCGGAGUUUGAAAGUUCUGUAUUGGCCAACCUGAGGAGAGCAGAAGAACGUAAACGACUUAUAGAGGAAUUAAAGGCGCAAGAAGGAAUUUAAUCCCAACAUCACGUCGUACCUGAGUGAAGCGCAACACCGUUGAAAUGGCAUUUAACAUGUGCCGUUUGCUGGACGCAUCGUUUGUCGUUAAAUAAUUUAUAAAUACAUUCUUCAAGUAUUCUAAAUUGGCACCUUCUCUCGAUUUACACGCUUCC